UCAACUCCCAGAAGCAUCUAAGGAACUGUUUUGUAUUUCGCGGGACCUGUAUUUCCGGCAGGGUCCCGCGGUUCUCCAACUUGGUCUUUGGUAAAAACCACUGGCUCUAUCGGAUUUCUCCGCCGGGGACUACACUUCCCAGGGGCCUUGCGCUCAAGCAACGUCCACUUCCGGCGCGUUCCGGCCUAACUGCCUGAGGGUCCAAUCCUUCAGGGCCGGGUUGGGCGGGGCGAGGGCGUGGCUGGCCUGGGCGUGGCGGGCGUGGGUGUUGCCGGGGGUGUGCCCCUGAGCAGCGGCCUUGAAGGGUGUCUGCAGCCAGGCAAGGAGAGUGUGCACCCCUCGCGUGACAUGCGGGGGGUGGCGAGUGUGGGGUCGUGCGAAUCCCCGGCCCUCCUGGGUCGUGGCGCCCUCUGCACAAAGGCUAGGCCUGGUGGAGGUCCGGUGGCAGGGACUACGGCUGCUCCUGGGCGCCCCGCCCGGGGAAGGCCGCACUCCAGGAAUGGCCUGGCUUCCCAGUUCGGGCAAGGAGCUGUGACCUCGGAACCUGCGCACAAAGCUCCGCUUUCCAGAGAUACCAACUUCCUCCAGGAGAUAAACCGCAAACGGGAAGCUGCCCCUACAGGGACUAAACUUAAAGCCAAGUCUCAGGGCUUGGUGACAUUUGGGGAUGUGGCUGUAGUUUUCUCCCAGGAGGAGUGGGAAUGGCUCAACUGUGAGCAGAGGAGCCUGUACUGGAAAGUGAUGCUGGACAACUACAGGAACCUAGCAUCCCUGGGACUUUGUGCUUCUAAGCCAGAUAUGAUCUCCUUGUUGGAACAAGGAAAGGAUCCCUGGAUGAUGAAAAGAAAGAUGAGAAGAGGCUGGUGCCCUGACUUGAAGGCCAUGCAGGAGACCAAGGAAUUCCCUCCAAAGGACUUAAGUGAAGGAACAUUAUCCCUGGCAGUGCUAAGAAAACAGCUCCUGCACCGUAGACCUAAGCGCUCCAUGUUACGGGCAAGCUGGGAUGGUGAUGCAGUGUUCAAGGCACACAAGAGCUUGAAGAACAACUCAGAUAUGGCUAGAGACAGUCCUCCACAGCUCGUGUCAGCUCAGAAGAGUUUCUGUAAGAAUGUGACAUGGGAGAACUCUGAUGACCUGGGGUCCUUGGGCCAGAAGCCUGUGCAGGAAGCCCAGGAUUUGCUUCCAAGGCAGGACUCACAUGCUGAACUGGUAACAGGCAGAACUUGGAACACUAAACUUGAGUGCUCCACUUUCAGAAAUCAGAAUUCUGAGUGUAUGUUUGAAAGGAAUGGGCAAGACACACCAUUUGAGCAAGAGACAGUGACUCAGAACAGAGCCUUCUCAGAGGGGAAAGAUGGUAUGUGUAUCAACUCUGGGAGAUGGUUUCAUUUGAACAGUUCAGAAGAGAGAAGUCAUAAUUGUGACUCAGGUAAAAGUUUCCCUUCAAAUCCAAUAGUCGUAAGAGAAACUCGAAUCUAUUCAGGAAAAAAACUUUUCAAAUGUAAUGAAUGUAAGAAAACUUUCACCCAGAGCUCAUCCCUUACUGUUCACCAGAGAAUUCAUACUGGAGAGAAGCCCUAUAAAUGCAGUGAAUGUGGGAAGGCCUUCAGUGACGGUUCCUCCUUCGCACGACACCAGAGGUGCCAUACAGGCAAGAAGCCGUAUGAGUGCCUGGAGUGUGGCAAAGCUUUCAUACAGAACACCUCGCUAGUCCGUCACUGGAGGUACUAUCACACUGGGGAGAAACCCUUCGAUUGCAUUGAUUGUGGGAAAGCCUUCAGUGACCACAUAGGGCUUAAUCAACACAGGAGGAUUCACACCGGAGAGAAACCGUACAUAUGUGAAUUGUGUCACAAAUCCUUUAGGUAUGGCUCAUCCCUCACUGUGCACCAAAGGAUUCAUACUGGAGAGAAACCGUAUGAGUGUGAGAUUUGCAGAAAAGCCUUCAGCCAUCAUGCAUCCCUCACUCAGCAUCAAAGGGUACAUUCUGGAGAGAAGCCUUUUAAAUGUAAAGAGUGUGGGAAAGCUUUUAGGCAGAAUAUACACCUUGCUAGUCACGUGAGGAUCCAUACGGGGGAGAAGCCCUUUGAGUGUGGGGAAUGUGGGAAAUCUUUCAGCAUCAGCUCACAGCUUGCCACGCAUCAGAGAAUUCAUACAGGAGAGAAGCCUUAUGAAUGUAAGGUUUGUAAGAAAGCAUUUACUCAGAAGGCUCACCUUGCACAACAUCAGAAGACUCAUACGGGAGAGAAGCCAUACUCAUGUAAGGAAUGUGGCAAGGCCUUCAGCCAGACCACUCACCUCAUUCAACAUCAGAGGGUUCAUACUGGAGAGAAGCCCUAUAAAUGCCUGGAAUGUGGGAAGGCCUUUGGUGAUAACUCAUCUUGUACUCAACAUCAGAGACUUCACACUGGCCAGAGGCCUUAUGAGUGUGUGGAAUGUGGGAAGGCAUUCAAGACUAAGUCAUCCCUUAUCUGUCAUCGUAGAUGUCACACCGGAGAGAAACCUUAUGAGUGCAGUGCAUGUGGUAAAGCCUUUAGCCACCGUCAGUCCCUUAGUGUACAUCAGAGAAUUCAUUCUGGGAAGAAACCGUAUGAGUGUAAGGAAUGUAGGAAAACCUUCAUUCAGAUUGGACACCUUAACCAACAUAAGAGAGUCCAUACUGGAGAGAGAAUGCAUAACUACAGGAGGGGCAGGAGGGCCCUCAGGCAGACUGCACACUUUGCUCACCGUCAGCGGAUUCAUUCUGGACAGUCACCUGCUCACCCAUCUUUGCCUUCCACAUCAAAUCCUGUGGAUCUCUUCUCCAGAUUCGUCUGGAAUCCAUCCUCACUGUCAUCAUCAUAAUCUCAAAACCUCCAUAUUUCCACCACACUUGUUUACCAACUUGUCUUUCUGCCCCUUUGUUCAUUCUCAUAAGCCCUUCAUGUUACAACCAGGUUGGAUUACUUUUGGAGUGUAAAUGUAAUUAAUUUGCUCAUAUAAAGCUUGUAUUCACUGGUUAAAGCCUAAGGUGCGCUUAGCACAGUGCCUGAUUCAUACCAAGUACUCAACAAACCUGGUCUUUUAAAAGUUUACUUUUGAAAGUGGAAAAUUUAUUCAGAUCAGCUCUGAUGGAAACAGUGCAAUAGAAUGCAGCUAGGAACAAUCAGAGUUUAGAACAGGAAGGGAGUUCUCUGAGUUGGUGAUGAGGCUUCUUUUUCUUGAAAACUUGGUUCUAAGCCAGGGGUAUGGUAGGCUCACCUGCAAUCCCAGAGUUCAUGCAUUCAAAGCCAUCUCCUAGGCAACUUAGUGAGGCCCUAUCUCAAAGUAAAACAAAACAGCUGAUCUAACAGUGCUAAAUUGUAGCGUGGCUUUGGAUUCGAACUACACGAUUAUAAGGUAAGGAAUCUUAGUGAGGAAUUUCCCCUGUACACUUGGCAAUAGCCUGAAAGGAUAGACAGCGUAAGUGUAUGUAGGCUACUUGGAACAAAUGAAUCAAAAGUAUUGGGAAAAAUGCAAGGAAGUUAAAACUUCUAACAAAUAAAGAAAACCAAAGGAUUUGAUCUAUA